UCCGCAUUUCUAACCCGUAUCUUCGUUGAGUAGGCGGGACUUUGAAGCCUUUCUGGCCGCUGGUUGGUCCGUUGCUCACGUCCAUCCCGUCAGGGAUCAGGAUAUUCUGCUCCGCCUAACGGGAAGCAACGACGGCUGCUUAAGCUUUCAGUGAGCGAAAAGGCGAAAGGCGAGACGAAAACCUGAAGAACAAUAGCUUCGGCUCUCAGCCUUAGGUCAACAUGAUCCACAGCUUGUUCCUGAUAAACGCCUCGGGGGACAUCUUCCUGGAGAAGCACUGGAAAAGCGUGGUCAGCCGCUCGGUGUGCGACUACUUCUUUGAGGCCCAGGAGCGCGCCACGGAGCCCGAGAACGUGCCCCCCGUCAUCCCCACGCCGCACCACUACCUCAUCAGCGUGCUCAGGCACCGCAUCUACUUUGUGGCCGUCAUCCAGAGCGAGGUGCCGCCGCUGUUUGUCAUCGAGUUCCUGCACAGAGUCGUGGACACCUUCCAGGACUACUUUGGGGUGUGUACGGAAGCGGCCAUUAAAGAUAAUGUGGUAGUCGUCUACGAACUGCUGGAGGAGAUGCUGGACAACGGCUUCCCCCUGGCCACCGAGUCCAACAUCCUCAAGGAGCUCAUCAAGCCUCCCACCAUCCUGCGCACGAUGGUCAACACCAUCACAGGCAGCACCAACGUUGGAGAGCAACUCCCCACCGGACAGCUGUCGGUGGUGCCCUGGAGACGCACCGGCGUCAAGUACACCAACAACGAGGCUUACUUCGACGUGGUGGAGGAGAUCGAUGCCAUCAUUGAUAAAUCAGGUUCCACCAUCACAGCCGAAAUCCAGGGAGUGAUUGACGCCUGUGUGAAACUGACAGGGAUGCCCGACCUCACUCUCUCUUUCAUGAAUCCGCGGCUGCUGGACGACGUCAGCUUCCACCCGUGCGUCCGCUUUAAGCGCUGGGAAGCCGAGCGGAUCCUCUCCUUCAUCCCACCUGACGGAAACUUCCGCUUGCUCUCCUACCACGUCAGCUCUCAAAACCUGGUGGCCAUCCCUGUCUACGUCAAGCACAACAUCUCCUUCCGGGAGGGAAGCUCUCAGGGUCGCUUCGACUUGACCCUGGGCCCCAAACAGACCAUGGGCAAGGCAGUGGAGUCGGUCCUGGUCAGCAGCCAGCUGCCGCGCGGCGUCCUCAACGCCAGCCUCAACCCGUCCCAGGGCACCUACACCUUCGACCCAGUCACAAAGUUAUUGACAUGGGAUGUCGGUAAGAUCAACCCACAGAAGCUUCCCAGCCUGAAAGGCACCAUGAGCCUGCAGGCCGGAGCCUCCAAACCCGACGAGAACCCCACCAUAAACAUCCAGUUCAAGAUCCAACAGAUGGCCAUCUCAGGGCUGAAGGUAAAUCGACUCGACAUGUACGGCGAAAAGUACAAACCUUUCAAGGGCAUCAAGUAUAUGACCAAGGCUGGCAAGUUCCAGGUCCGGACUUAAAGAGACUGCCGCAGGACCGCCGGACCAAACCACCAAGAGACUGUUUGGGGUGGGGGGGGGUUGUGUAUUCCCUGUGUUUAUGCUUUUACCGACCAUGGUUUACACACAAAAUGGAGGAGCCAUGCAGCACUUCCAGCAGACCAUUGUAAAUAGAAAUGAAACCUCAACAGGUCGGAGCUCUCAGUGAGUCUGGGACUGGGUCUUUUCCAUCUCUGUCCGGCUCAGCUUUCUCGUCUUAGACGCUGUACACUCUACUGGUAGCUUCUGUCAGAACAAAGAUGAGAUGGCUGUGUCAAGACGCUGACUCAAAACGCAAUUUCAGGCUCUCAAAAUAGAAAAAAAAGAGUUUAUUGUACAAUCCUAGAGUUUUUCUUAAGGGGACGAGGCGGCCUGUGCUGCAGCUCAGAAAUUCAGUAUUUUGUCAUCUCAAAGGACCUCUGCAGGGGUAAAAAAAAAAAAAAGCCGGGGAAGCCGCUGACGUGAGUCAGACUUAUGUGCUGAGAAGCCCCCAAGUUAAAGAUUAGAGGUGCCUUUUCUCCUCUGAAGAAGCUCCCAGAUGUUCCAGAUUCAGCCCCUACUGAUCCUCGCUCUUCUCUGUAAUGAAGCUGUCACUGUCCUUCUCUUCCUCUUCUUUUGAAUCACCUUUUUCCGUGUUCUGUUUGUUUGUGCCCUGACUUUUAAUGAUUUGUCGUUUUUUGUGUUUUUUUUCUGCUGUGCGUAUACUGACAAACGAGAGGGAGACACUGGAAUCAGGCACUUUUACAUCAGCUGGUACUAACAUUUCCAAACGCUAAGGAACACGUCCAUCUGUUUCGUUUAAAUAUUAUUUAUUAAACACAGUUUUCAUUUGAUUAAUUAUGCUCCUGUCGUCAUGCUUUUGCUCAGUCCUCCAAGAAUUUUGCAUUAAAUCAGCAUAUCUUUAACUCGGUGCCCGUCACAUCCCUUGCCGUACCAAUAUACUACAUAGUGCGUAUUUUUAUUACUGUAAAACACAAUACUGAACAUCGUCAUGGCAACUGAGCUCAUUCGGACUAAGUAGUACAAAGGGAGCGAGGGAAGUGAUUCAUUCAUGCCUCUGGGUCUGAAUGCAGCCCACUUUCUGCUCUCAGAGCUGCAACACGGACAAAACCUGAUGAUCUGCUUAUCAAAUGAGAACAUACCAGUCGGUGUGGAGAAAUGAGGCACCUCCAGAGCUUUGACUUUUGCAGUGUCAAAGCGAUUUAAAGAAAUAAACAUAUGACGUGCCACAAGGGUCCCAACACAAAUUCUUUAAAAAAAUGUUUCCAGUUGAAUAUCAAAUCAUCAGUUAUGGCAUCUUUAUAACUUUUUAUUGCUUUCGGAUGUCGGUUUUUAGUGAUGGUUCCGGUCACAAACCUUUAUAUGAGAUGGUUUAACACAAGAUAGAGCUCAGUUAUU